AGUACCGGAAGUAGAAUGGUUGUUUCACCUGGUGAUCUUCAUUCCUCCCUCCCAGCCUCCCUCCUCCCGAGUUUCUCUCCAUCACUUGGUCACUCCAUCAGUGAAGCGCCGUACCGACUCUUCCGCCGCUCCUCCCGGGACUGAAGAUGGGUCGCGUGUCCCGGACCCGCCGCUGGUUUCUGGUCUGCCUGCUGAGCUGGAGCGCUUUGGCUCUGGAGCUCCCGGAGCUGUUUGAGUUCGGAGAAGAAGCUGGAGACCAGCAGCUGCCUCUGUCCUCCGACGCCUCUGCGGAGCUGGUUCUGAACCACAGAUAAACACAAAUGGGUUUGUGGCUUUUAAAAACCCUCCACCUGAACAGGAGUACCUUGGAAAAAUGCCGAGCGCUUUUAAAAUGAUCGUAGCUUUGUUGGGAGACCUGGACAGUGGUGGUGGCCUGGGCCGAGUCCACUUCAGGGAGGACCACAGCCCAGAGGUGCUGAGGAGAGCCGGGGAGCACAUCCGGCUAGCUUUCCCUACAGGUGAAGAAGAGGCGCCCAUGAACGCCCUCAUCGUUACCUGGGAGAACAUGGUCGCCCAGGGGACUGUUGGACGAGGGGAUGGGCUGUAUGAAAAGAGAAAUACUUUCCAACUUGUUGUGGCUUCAACCGAGUCGUUUUCCUACGCCAUCCUGCUGUACCCCAGAGGUGGUUUGCAGUUUUUCUCCACAUCGGUUGGAGGAGAGCGUAAGCUGCUGGAAGCUGGCUUCAAUGAAGGCCUUGUGAAAGGCUGGCUCUGGACCAGUAAGGGCUUGUAUGUCCGUACCACCGCAGACAACGAGACAUCCAUCAUGGAUCUCACCAAAAAGACAAACUCAGCUAAGACUGGGAUUUGGGUUUACAAGAUCGGCAGCUCAUCUGGUUUCAAUGGCAUCAAACCAGGAUUGGCCUCUAGCUCUGCUGAGGAUAAACAAAUGAAUGAACUGCAGGAGCUGGACCUUUCAACCUUUGAGUCUGAGACCGUAAAGACCACCGAAGCAACACCAACUGAGACCACCACAGAGUACAAGCAGCCAGAGGUCAAGACUAUCACCCCAGAAUCGACAAAACUCCAAACCCAAAAACCAGAUUAUGAAGACAGCGUUGAACAAGAAGACCCAGAUUCAGAACCUGUUGCACCAACGUACAGCAGUCCUGAGGGUCAGCCCAAAGACUCUGAACAGACUGCAACCGAAAGCCCUACACAUCAGACUUUAACACAAAAAUACAACAUUCCUAAAACCACAGAACCACCUCCAGACUCUGACCCGGUCCAACACCGAUACACAAACCUUGGGUCUAUCCAACCAGUGUUACCACAUUCACCGCCCCAGUAUCCUCAGGUUGUUGUGAUAGAUGAAGAUGAAGAUCUGAACGUGGACGUAUUUGGCUACAAUUUGGACACGUGUGUCCAUAACAGGCACAGGUGUUCCACUUUUGCUGAAUGCCGAGAUUACAGGGACGGAUACUGCUGCCACUGCAGGCCUGGUUUCUAUGGCAACGGAAAAGACUGUUUUGCAGAAGGCAAACCCCAAAGGCUGAAUGGGAAAGUAAAUGGUCAGGUCUUUGUCGGGUGGAACUCACAGGAUCCAGUGGAGCUCAAUAACAACGAUUUGCACUCCUACGUGGUUGCCAAUGAUGGACGAGCAUACAUCGCUAUCAGCCACAUCCCAGACAGUGUGGGCCCCUCCCUGCAGCCACUGUCCUCCCUGGGGGGAGUCAUUGGCUGGGCCUUUGCCCUGCAACAGCCUGGAUACCAGAAUGGCUUCAGUUUGAUUGGUGGAGUUUUUUCCCUCUUUGCCGAAGUGAGCUUCCAUCCCGGAAAUGAACGGCUGACCAUCAAACAGGAGUUUAAAGGGAUUAAUGAGCACGACCAAUUAGUGCUGAACACUAAACUGGACGGUCGUGUACCGGUCAUCCCACUUGGACACUCUGUGCAAAUCAACCCAUACAAGGAGGUUUACCAAUACAGCAGAAACUUGAUCACCUCGUCAUCUAUCCGCAACUACACCGUCAUCUCUCCGGACGGCAGUGUUCAGACCAUGAGGUACCACUGGCGUCAAACCAUCACUUUCGAGAGCUGUCCCCAUCAGGACGCCACAGGAGAGGCGCCGCCCAUCCAGCAGCUCAGUGUGGACCGGGUCUUUGUAAUGUUUGACUCUCAGAACCAGCUGGUGCGCUACGCCAUGAACAACAUGAUCGGGUCGAUCCACAGUAACCCUUCAGAGCAGAACCCCUGCUUCACCGGGGGGCACCGCUGUCACACCGACGCAGUGUGCAGACCGGCUGAAGGCUCCCAGUACAGCUGUGAAUGUACAGCUGGUUUCAGUGGAAACGGACACACUUGUGUCGACAUAGACGAGUGCCAGUACCCCUCCCGGGUGUGUGGACCCAACGCCGUUUGCUUUAAUCAGCCCGGAUCGUUCCGCUGCGAGUGCUCCCCCGGCUUUGUGUUCGCCGCUGACGGAAAGACCUGCAUGGAGGAGCAGCGGCCGGUGGAUCACUGCAGGAGAGGAAGCCAUGACUGUGAUGUUCCAGAGAGAGCCAAGUGCAGCUACACCGGUGGCUCAACCUACACGUGCUCCUGCCUGUCCGGGUUUGAGGGUGACGGUCGCCGAUGUCGUGAUGUUGACGAGUGUCUGCAGGAGCCCUGCCACCGCGACGCUCUCUGCUCAAACACUCAGGGCUCCUACAGCUGCCGGUGUCGACCAGGUUUCCAUGGAGACGGCUUUGGGUGCAGCCCUGCAUUCACAGAGCGCGAGAAGACGCCCUGUGAGCUGCAGAGAGAAAGCGCCCAAACUGCCGUCUCCUCAGGAUCCGGCUUCUUCUCUCUCUUCCGUCCUCGUCCGGCCGUCACUCAGUACGUCCCUCAGUGCGACCAGCACGGCGCCUACGAGCCCACACAGUGUCACGCCAGCACGGGACAGUGUUGGUGCGUGGACGCCAACGGCCAGGAGAUCCCAGACACUCGCACUGGAGCCGCCAACACCGCCCUGUACCUUCAGAGUCCUGAGGGCAUCGCCGUGGACCACGUGGCCCGUCUUCUCUUCUGGACCGAUUCCAUGCGGGACACCAUAGAGGUCUCACAGCUGGACGGCAGCCAGCGCCUGGUCCUGUUUGACACAGACCUGGUCAAUCCUCGACCCAUCGUCACCAACCCGGCGUACGGGCGGAUCUACUGGGCAGACUGGGACAGAGAUGGACCCAAAAUCGAGAUGUCCCAAAUGGACGGGACCGAGCGCAGCGUCCUCGUUAAGGAAGACCUCGGGCUCCCCAACGGCCUGACGCUGGACGCGGACAACCAGCAGCUCUGCUGGGCGGAUGCCGGAACCCAGAGGGUGGAGUGCAUGGAUCUGCACCGCCGGCUCAGGAGGCACAUAGUCGAAGGGAUCCAGUAUCCUUUCGCUUUGGUGUCAUUUGGAAAGAAUCUCUACUACACAGACUGGAAGAGGGAGGCCGUGGUGGCCGUGGACCGCCACACACAGGCGGAGACGGAGGAGUUUCUACCACAGAAACGCUCCCGGCUGUAUGGCAUCACCACCACUCCAACGCAGUGUUCACAGAUCUAUAACUACUGCUCCAACAACGGCGGCUGCUCUCACCUGUGUCUGCCGCGGCUCGGAGGGUUCCGGUGCCGCUGCCCCGACGUCCACGGCAGCCGGUGCGUGGAGGCGUUCCCAUGAAUCUGCAGCUGCAAGAACGAAGACCAAACUGUUGUUUUUUUGUGUGUGUUUUAUACUUUUCUUACUUGAACAGAACUCUGAUUUUGAGGAGCUUACUGUAGUUUUUAGUCCUUGGAAAGUGUUCAAACGUCAGGUGUCAGUAUUUAUGAUGUCAAAAGUUCCAGUGAGAAAACCCUCCUCCUGUCUGUUAGAGCUGAAUUCAAAUGUGCCUCAUUCCUCUUUUUGCAUCAGGGACUCCUCUUUUAAAGGUUUAAGUGAAAAAUAUCUUUAUUAGGAGGUGAACAUGGAAAAAAAUACCAAAUGUAUUCAUUUCUGCUUUAGAUGAAGAACCAGCUACACCUCAUUUUACUUUUCUAUGCAAUUUAAUAUGAAAAAAAUGAAUUCUGCUUUUUUUUUCUUUUAUAAAAUGAAAAAAAUAGUCAUCUGACUUACUCCUGAUGUUGCCAAAGGCUUUAAAACUGUAAUGAUUUUGUUUUUUCUGUAGCAGCUGGAUGUGUUGUUAGCAGUGAAUUUUCAAUUCAAUCUCAAAUGUUACCUACUGCGGUGCAACACUGCCCCCUUGUGGCCGUAGAAGCACAUUUUUGUGAAACAUUUCAGUUAAAAAUCAAAUAUUUCCGUCUUUUUGAUCCAGUAUGUUUUUCAAACUUUAAUACAAAAUUGUGCAAUAAAAACAUUAAAAGGGCUAAACUUAUUUCCUCUAA